GUACAGAUGUCGGAUAGGAUCCAUUAUAGUAGUCCAUCGUCCAUGGGCGUUUUUACCGUACAUCCGCACCAUGCACUUCACGAGCUGAGCAUGCCUAAAGAAGAGCCAUCGGAGCCCUAGAAGUGCUACCACUUUCUGGGCAACGUCAGAGUGACAGCAUGGCGCUUUCGCUUGAUGUUGAUAUCAUUAUCGUAUUAUGUAUCGUCUUGAGCUUCAUAGGACUAUGCCUGGCGAUUAUUCUGUGGCAGCUGAUACGAAGAGGUUAUGUGGGGCGUACGGUGAAGGUCAAUGUCAAAGGCGAUGGUACGCAACGAUUUGAGAUAAACGAUCUGUUUAACAGCACAGAUCCAUCGGAUAGGGGCAUGUCACAGCACGAGCGAGGUGUACGCUCUAUCCAGGUCGCGUGGGAGGAUAUCAGCGUGGGACCUUUACUGGGCAAGGGAAGUUUCGGGGUGGUGUACAAAGCCAAGUAUAGGGGUUCCGAUGUGGCCGUGAAAACCCUACUAGACCAGUCCCUGCAUGCUCGCGUACUCAAAGAAUUCGAGUCGGAAUGUAUGAUUUUCGCGGAAUUGAGGCAUCCAAACCUGAUUUUGUUUAUGGGGGUGGUCACGACAGUGCCGCAUCUGUCGAUUGUGACCGAACUUCUGCCAAAUGGAGCGCUCAGUAAUGUUCUUAUGGACGAAAGGAUUUUCAUCGAUGUGGGCAGGCGUUUACAGAUGGCGCUGGACAUCUGUCUUGGUAUGGCCUAUCUACACACGAAUAAACCUCCAAUCAUCCACCGAGAUUUGAAGUCACCGAACAUCCUGGUAGAUUCCAAUUUUACUUUGAAGAUUGGAGAUUUCGGCCUGGCGGGGCUUGUCGCGGCGGAGCCACUCAUAGCCGACCCUGAUGUACCUGAAUGUAGUACUAUGAGCGUCGUACCUGAUGAGGUCAGUAGUUCUGCAACGCUGCCUGUAUUCAGUGAACGUUCGCGAACAUCUCAUAGGUUCUUGAGCAAAAUCUUUAUGAAUGGGUCUGAGCCUGGACCUUCGGAUCGGAACGUAACCGGCAUAGAGUUGCACGCUGUGGCGAUUCCUAUGCAGGAAGAUACGUCUUUCCGUGUACCUGAGCCAGCGCCGCCGCCCAAACCUAAGAACAAGUUCGCUGGGACAAUCAUGUGGGCCGCGCCUGAGGUUCUCCGGCUGGAAGGGUGUACUAAGAGCUCGGAUAUUUAUAGUUUUGGGAUAGUUCUGUGGGAGUUGGCGAUGCGUAAAAAACCCUACGAGGAUAUGCAUCCCCUGUCGGUCAGGUAUCAGGUAAUGCGACAGGGCGCGCGUCCCACGCCACUACCAGAGGCGACAAACUCAAUCCGUGAUCUUAUGGAGUCAUGCUGGGCGGAAAAGGUUGAGGAUAGACCAGAGAGCUUUGUGGCCAUCGCCAAACAGAUUGAGAAGUACCGCGACGACGAAGGCUUUAGCCAGGAUCUUGCCUCUCUUGGGCGGACUACUUCCACGGGCCUGUCGUCAGUGUACAAUUCGAAUGCCUCCGACGCUCCCAGUCUGUUCCACGGCAUGGAUAUCAUCCGGGCCGGUGUGCUUCUUGCGUGCGUGGUAGAACCAACCACCCCCGUCAACUAUCUAAAGAUACUGGAAGAAGCUAGGAAGACUCUCGACUCAGUGGUCGAAAGCGCCACGUCCGAAUACACGUGUCACGUCGAGAAAAUCAGCCGAAACAAGUUUCGUAAGUCUUACUUGCACAUAUCUGGAUCUGUAUGGUAUAUGGGUGAAUGUAUGGGUCUGUGUGGGUGA